AUGGAAAAAAAUUUGGCCUACGCAAGUGAAUACUCUUUAUUAGCAAACAAGCAAAUUUUCCAUAACAAGGUUAUACGAUUGAAUGUCAAAUGGGAACGACCAAGAAAAGGAUGGAUCAAGGCCAACAUAGAUGGAGCAUUCAAAAUUGACAGUCUGGAAGGAGGCAUUAUUGGAGUAUUUCGUGACUUAAAGGGAAGGUGGAUGAUGGGUUUUUUAAUGAAAAUACAAGCAGCCUCAGCGUUACACACGGAACUACAAGCCCUUCUGCAUACAUUACGACUAAUCAUCAAGGAACAUAUGUUCCCUAUAGAAGUGGAUACAGAUGCCACGAAGAUUAUUAACAUUAUCAAUAAAGACUACCAUGCUAACGAUAUUAUAUUUCAAAAAUGCAGGUUAUUUGUGGAGGAGGCUUCCAGGCAGGGGACAAUAUUAUUCAAGCAUAGUUUCAGGGAAGGAAAUAUGGUGGCUCAUGUUUUGGCGAAAGCAACGUUAAGGAACACUAGUUACAAUAAUUUAUGCACUUCUGUUCAACUACCUGACCCUGUUAUAGAUGUAUAUGGCAAGGAUCAGGAUGGCUAUGUUUAUGCUAGGAACUGA